AUGAAGUUCACCAGCGCCAUCAUCGCCUUCGCCUUCGUGGCUAGCGCCUCCGCUGCCUGCACGAUGCAAGUCGACAGCACCGACCCCAACUGCUGCUGGGGCGGUAAGAACGGCAUGGAUGCUUGCUUCCGUCAAGCCAAGAGCCAGGCCUGCCGCGACCCUAAUGAGAGGAAAAACUUCUGCGUCAACAUGGGCAUUCCCCGCAGCAAAUGCGACGCCGACUGCUGCGACACCAGGACUGGAUGGGGCAAGCCUUGCCCCAAGGGCAGGAACGCGUGCGAGGACCCCAACAACUGCCCCUUUUAA